GUUACCGGUGCCGGUACCUUUUACUGUUUUAAGAGCUGAAGGGUCUGAAACUGAAAGUGCGAUCCAUACUGCUGUACUGACUAAUAGUAUUUCGGUAUUCAUAGAUUUUUUCUCAUUACUGCAUUAGUUCUGUAGUUUAACAGUACUCAGAAUGGAGGUUUCUGCAAGUGGAGAUAACAAUAUUACACCCACGGAACGACUCGCCAUGAUUGAAGAACAAGAACUGGAUGCUCCCCAGGGUCAACUUCCUGGUGAAGUUUACUGUGAACUCCUUGCAUUAUACAUAUACCACGAGGACUUAAACAACAGCAAAUUAUUAUGGAAGCGCAUUCCAACACAAUGCAAAACGGAAUUGGCUGAACUGAAGGCAUUGUGGGAAGUAUGCAAAGCAUUCUGGCAAAAGGAUUCUGCAAGUGUAUUCCAACAAUGCUCUGCGUACACUUGGAGUGAAAUAAUACAAAAGAUAAUUGAUGAUAUUAUGAAGAAGCAUAAAGAAAAAUGCAUCUGCCUGAUAUCACAAUCAUAUUCAUCCAUUGGCACAGAAACCUCUUCAGCUCUACUCGGUUGUACUACCCAAGAAGCAUUAGAACUUGCUGUAAGUAUGGGGUGGACUGUUUCCGGAGACCAGAAGUUUAUCAUGCCUCUCCUCGCAAAACGACAGGAAGGAUCACCUGUUAAUAAUGAAGCUUAUUUACAAAAGUUAACUCAGUAUAUUUCAUUUUUAGAGACCUGAACUGUUAUUUUUGAUAUUUCUAUUUCUGGAAUAUAGUCUCGUGCUUCUAACAGUCUCUUUGCGGCUAGUUGCACCUUAAAUAUCUUGAACAAAGCACCACAUAGCUCGUUGUUCAACCAGCAUUGCAGGGUGUCUUAUCAGCUCACAAUUGACCAGGAAUGGUGUCAUUGUCCAUUAUGUCUAUUGCUGCUACCAGGAGAUAACGUCAUAUUCCCAACUUGAUUUUCAAUUUCUGUUAUAGUCUCUUUUAACAUCUGCACCCUUUUCUGGGCUGUGUAGCAGGAGCCUUCAUGUUGCUGUCCAGUUGCAACCUAGCAAAGAAUUAAAAAAACAUUGUUCAAAUAUAACCUUUGUGGAACAUCUUGCAUCAUCUGUUAUCUAUACUUCAAGGGUUUGCUCGUAGAAGAGAUACGUUAUGUAUAUCCCUAAUCCAGCGUUUCCCAACCUUUUUCGGCCGACUUUUUCGGUGUAUAAUGGACUUUUCUGUCGCACAGUAUUCAAUCCAUGACAACGACGAGAAUUUAAAAUGGGUUUCUAUUUUAAUUUAUUUGUGUUCAUCAUGGUAACUUGCGGUAGCGUAGACUUACGAUGAGAUGGAAGCAUCACUUUUUCAAAAUUCCCAUGCCAUCUGCGAACAUAAUAAUGAGAGAAUAUAUUGCCUGAUUAUAUUCAUCUUUGAUAUAUACCUAUUUUUUGUGAUCUUGUGAAUUUGUUAUCGCUGUUAGAAAAAAAUUAUACUAUCUGCUAUAAAUUUCCAGAAUGUACCAACUUAAUUUAGUAUUUAUUAAAAACAUAUUUAAGGUAUAUAUAUUAGUAAAUCGAAAAUACAUUUUCAUCGCCUUGAAAUUCUCUCAAACAACUUCUGAAGUAAUCGUCGCGUAUCCGUCACUCGUUAAAGAGCAGACUUUUCAAUGAUUUUUUCUUUUGCAUAAAAUAUUCAAUCCAUCUA